GUUUCGGAGGAGGAGAAGGGGGAGAAAGUUUACCAGGUGUUUGAAAACGUGGCCCAGAAAUACGACAUAAUGAACGACUCGAUGAGUCUAGGCAUUCACCGACUGUGGAAGGAUGUUCUCCUGCAUAAAAUGAACCCUUCCCCAGGAACCCUGCUUCUUGAUGUUGCUGGAGGGACAGGUGACAUUGCCUUUCGAUUUAUUAACUAUGUUAAUUCCGUGCGAGAGCGCCAGCUACGACGGAAGCUCAAGAACCAUCAGAAUUUAUCGUGGCAAGAAAUUGCUGACAGUUACCAGGAAGAGGCAGUUAAGCCUUUUGGGGAUUCCCAAGUGGUGGUCUGCGACAUUAACAAGGAAAUGUUAAAAGUUGGGAGACAGAAAGCACAGCGUCUUGGCUACUCUGAAGGUUUGUCCUGGGUGGUUGGGAAUGCUGAAGAGCUGCCCUUUGGUGAUGAGAAGUUUGAUGUUUACACAAUUGCCUUUGGAAUCCGAAAUGUAACUCAUAUUGAUUUGGCACUUCAGGAGGCUUAUCGAGUGCUGAAACCAGGAGGGAGAUUUCUCUGCCUCGAAUUUAGUCAAGUCAACAACCCUCUCCUUUCCAGGCUCUACGAUCUAUACAGUUUCCAGAUUAUUCCGGUUCUGGGUGAGGUUAUUGCUGGUGACUGGAAGUCCUACCAGUAUCUUGUGGAGAGCAUCCGGCGUUUCCCCCCUCAGGAGGAGUUCAAGGCAAUGAUAGAAGAUGCAGGGUUUUUAAAAGUGGAUUAUCAGAAUUUGACAUCAGGCAUUGUUGCUAUUCACUCAGGUUUCAAACUGUGAGCCUGCUUUUGAGCAAAGCACAGGAACUCUUAUUUAUUUAUUUUUUCCUGAGGAGUCUAAAAG